GAGCAGCAGGAGCAGCCAGACAGACAGAGUGGGUCAGAAGAGUUUCAGCCACAUGGCUUCAGAUCGGUGUGUGAGUUAUGACAGCCAGUUACACACUGGGUGAAUGUGUGUGUCAAGCAGCGACAGUGAGGGAGAGGACCUAACAGAGAUCAGGAGUGUUUCCUCUCUGGAUCCCAGUCAGAGUUGUUGGGUUUUGGGACAGCGGACGGCCGGCAACACCGAUCACUCCACCAGGAUCUUCAUGUGUCGCAGGGAGACGUGGACAACUCCGUGGACAUGGAUCGCUUCAACAGGAACAUGCCUGAGCUUGGGCGAAAAACACACCAGGUGCUACAGAGUACCCCACUGGAUUUAAUCGAGACAGGAAAGGGGCUGAAGUUUCAAGCGGAGCGCCCCCACCUGGUCAGCCUGGGGAGUGGGCGACUGAGUACAGCGAUCACCUUGCUGCCUCUGCCUGAGGGCCGCACCACUCUGGGAUACGGUGCCGUGGACAUCAACAUCCAGGGCCCUGGUGUGGCAGCACAGCACUGCUACAUCGAGAACAAGUCGGGCGUCAUCACGUUGCAUCCUUCUGGGAACCUCUGCGCUGUCGAUGGGCUCCAGGUCCAACAGCCCACCCGUCUGUCACAAGGCUGUAUGCUGUGUUUUGGACAGUCAGCCUUCUUCCGCUUCAACCACCCUGAGGAGGCCUUCAGGAUGAAGAGCAUGAUCCCUCAUGGAGGAGGUGUUCGCACCGGGAGCUACGCUUUGUGUCCAGACACUGAGAGUUUGGUCAAUGGGAAUCACCAGGCCAGUUCCUCCCAGUCUCCUUCAGGUCCUGGAGAGAGAGUCCAGUCUGAGCACAGCGCCAUCGUCAGCUCCAUUGAGAAGGACCUCCAGGAGAUCAUGGAUUCCCUAGUCAUGGAUGACCUUGAGCCCUCCUCCUCUGAUGCAAAAAAGCCCCCCGGGGGGCAGUCCAUGCACCACUCCCCAUUGUCGCCUAUGGUCAAUGGAGGGGGGAGGUAUUUGUUGUCCCCUCCCACCAGCCCAGGUGCUAUGUCUGUGGGGUCCAGCUAUGAGAAUGCCUCCCCUCCCUUCUCGCCCCUUUCGUCCCCCUCGCCUGCCAGCAGUGGGAGCUUCACCAGCCCAUCGCCUGGCGGAGGACACCAGGACCAGAGUUCUUCUCUGCCACCUGUGCCUAUACGGUCUUCUAGCUACAACUUCAGCUCCCAGCCUCCGCCCGUCCCCUUGCCUAGGACCAUACUGCCUAAUUUUAGCAGCACCGGGGUGGGCCAGAAGGUCCAGGAAAGCCCCAGGCUACAGAGGAAAGUGUUGACAGAGACCCCUCCGAGUCCCAAGCCCAACCGCCGGGGACUCGGCCAGGACGGCUCAGAGAGCCCUCGACAGACGCCUCUUGUUUCGUCUAGCGAGUCUCUCAGCGGUAAAAACAUUGUGCCAAGCAGCCCCAGAGUCACCCCCAAAUUUCCAACCUGUUCAUCGCCGUCUCCAUCGCCUUCACCAUCUAGUCCCAGGACCAAGACUGCCACAGUGCUCCAGGAAAGGCCGGCCAGUCCCUUCAGAGAGCAUACCAUCUUAGCUGAUGGCUCCCAGAACUCUAGCUCCUCCAGGCAGCUUUCACAGCCCAGUAAAGCUUUCCAGCCCCCCCUGGAUCCCAUCGUUCACGUCAUCCAAGGAUCUCCUCUCCCUCAGCAUCCACGGUCGCUGCAGCCCCCUGAAAGCCCCAGGUUGGCCCGAAGGAACUUGGAAUUGAAUGGUGGCAGCGCAGGGAGCAGCAGUAUGAGAGAGCUGCCACCUCUGAGUCCUUCAUUGGCCCGGAGGGGGGUUCCGGUUCUUCCAGGGGCUCUGCCUGGAACAAUCUCCACGUCAAGGACUCCAGAGAACCCCUCAUGUCUGAGCAGGCUGGUCCCAGAGAGUCCCAGGCUGCGGCGCAAAACCGGAUCCGCAUCAGAGGAGCCGUCUUGCAGCAGAGGGAUCCGAGCUCGCAGUCCGUCCCCCACCUCCAUGUUGAUGGAGGGUAGCAGCGGAGUAGGGAUACGUAAGGCAAGCUUUGGAAACUCUUUGUCACCCGCUUUCAGUCUGGGCUCCCUACCUGGCUCAUCCCCUGCAGCCAGCCCCAGGACCCAGAGGAAGAUGUCCUUGGGGAGACCCCACCCAGGAAUGCGAGAGAGGAAGAACAGCAUCACAGAGAUCAGCGACAACGAAGACGAGCUGCUAGAGUACCACCGCCGACAGAGAGAAGAGCGGCUCAGGGAGCAGGAGAUGGAGAGGCUGGAGAGGCAGCGGCUGGAGACCAUCCUGACCCUCUGCGCCGAGUACAACAAAGGGGAGAGCGUGGGGCUGGACCCCCUGGGCUCAGGACAGCUGGGUUUCCCCGGGAGUCUGGGUGAGUCAAGGCGGAGGCCGUCCCUGGAGAAUCUUCUGGGAGGGACCCCGACGUCGCCGGCCGCCCUCCGCCUGGCGCAGAGACAGAGGGAGAGUGACGAGGAGAACCUGAAGGAGGAAUGCAGCAGCACCGAGAGCACCCAUCAGGAGGUGAGGACCUCUCCUGCCCCCAGCAGAGUGUCAGCGGUCCACAAUGGAGAGCCACAGCACGAGGACUCGUCUGGCUCAGGCAGCGCGGGCCGUUCAGAGCUGACUUACCUGGAAGAUGAGAGGACCCGUGUUCUGGCCAGGACCGACGAGCUCAAAGCCCGACUCACCGAGCUGGAGCAGCAACUCCAGGAGUCCGAACAAGAGGCGGAGAUGGAGCGCGCCCUGCUGCAGGGCGAGACGCAGGCCGAGCUCGACCAGAUCGAGGCCGAGACGGACGUCGUCAGUCAGCUGCAGCGCAAGCUGGAGGAGCUGGAGAGCGCCAUCCAGAGGGAGAAGGACAAGGAGAGGUCAAAUGUUGAGGCCGAGCGGCGGGCCCUGCAGAGGCUCCAGGAAGGCUAUGCUGAGCUGAAGAACCAGCUUCAUAACUGUCCAGAGUCCCUGAGGGAACAGUUGCAGGAACAGCUCAAAAGGGACGGAGAGGCAUUGGAAGCAGGGACCAAGAAGUUUGAGGAUCUGGAGUUUCAGCAGCUGGAGAGAGAGAGCAGUCUGGAGGAGGAAAGGGAGACGCUCAGCCAGCAGCUCCUUCAGGAGAAGGCAGAGUACCACCGCAGCGUGGCCAAGAGGAAGGAAAAGGUUUCUGCUCUGGAGAAGCAGGCCAGGCAGCUUGGCCAACAGGCUUCCCAGGAGUGCGAGCGGCUGGCCAAGGACCGGUCGCUCACACUGCAAAUGCUUCAAAAGGAGAAGGAGCGACUGUUGGCUCUAGAGAAGAGAUACCACACCCUGACCGGAGGAAAGAGCUUCCCCAAGUCUUCUUCUGCCAUGAGAGAGGAAUCCCUCCAUAUCAGCGAGGCUGAGCUGUUGCUGGGGGAUGUCCUGUCCUCACAGACCUCCCUGUGUGGAGUCUCUCCUUCCUUCUUACAUCCUCCCCCACUCUGUCGGUUGUUCCCCAGCAGCCCCACAGAGGAGUAUGUGACAGUGAGCCAGUUAAAUCAGAUCUAUGGGAUGCCCAAGGUGGAGUCUUCCCCUACAUCCCCGCUUCGCCAGCCCCUGCAGCCCAGAGCAGGAGACCCCGCCUUCUCCUGCCUCCCCUCUCGGCAUGGCUCCUCCCUCUCUCUGUCUGUGGAGCAUCAGUGUGAGCCCAAUAGGCCUCACCUCCCCACACUAGAUUUAGAGCAGUGGUACCAGGAGCUGAUGACCGGCCCCACACAGCUCGGUGCCCCCCCUCUGCCGGCCAAGUCGCCGUCAGGCCGCAGACCGGUGCUCCAGGUAUUUCGCUCCAAACUGGACAGUGAUCCCGGCGUUCCGCUCCAUCAGUCCAAGUCAGGCUCCUCGUCCCCUCUGCAGCACGGCGCGGCGACGCUGGGGCGCAACACCAGCUCCAAGCAGAGCCCCCUACUGGCUGCCGGCAGCACUGGAAGCCUGCCCAGGAACCUGGCUGCGACUCUGCAGGACAUCGAGACCAAGAGACAGCUGGCUCUGCAGCAGAAAGGUCAGCAGGUGAUCGAGGAACAGCGCCGCCGUCUGGCUGAGCUCAAGCAGAGAGCCGCCGCCGAGGCCCAGUGCCAGUGGGAGGCGCUGCACGGCUCCCAGCCUCACCUCCCGGCCUCUUACUCCCCCCUCAUGGCCAACAGUCCCACUCUGAGCCACAACUCAUCAGGCCCCCCAUCACUGGUGCACCACUCCAUCCUGCACCACCAGCCUCCAUCGGCUGGAGAGCAGCCCUACGACACCCUGAGCCUGGAGAGCUCAGACAGCAUGGACACCAGCGUUUCCACGGGCAACAACUCGGCCUGCUCGCCUGACAACAUGUCCGGCAGCAUUGGAGGAGUGGACGUGCUGAAGAUCGAGGAGAUGGAGAAGAUGCUGAAGGAGGCGCAGCUGGAGAAAGCCAGGCUGAUUGAAUCGCGGGAACGAGAGAGCCUGGCUCGCCGUCAGAUGUUGGAAGAGGAGAGGAGGAGGAGGGAGGAGGCGGAGAAAAGACUCCAGGAUGAAACUUUCCACAGACAGCAGCUUGUGGAGAGGGAGGUCAAGAUGAGGUCCAAGAACUUUUCUCAGGCUCGACCGAUGACCCGCUACCUGCCCAUCAGGAGGGAGGAGUUUGACCUGCGCUCACAUGUGGAGUCGUCGGGCCACAGCGUGGAGACGUGCUACCACGUCAUCCUCACAGAGAAGAUGUGCAAGGGUUACCUGGUGAAGAUGGGAGGGAAGAUCAAGUCCUGGAAGAAGCGCUGGUUUGUGUUCGACCGCCUCAAGAGGACCUUCUCCUACUACGUUGACAAACAUGAGACCAAGCUGAAGGGUGUGAUCUACUUCCAGGCUAUAGAAGAGGUCUACUAUGAUCACCUCCGCAGUGCCACUAAGAGCCCCAACCCAUCGCUCACCUUCUGCGUGAAGACGCACGACCGCCUCUACUAUGUGGUGGCGCCAUCGGCGGAGGCCAUGAGGAUCUGGAUGGACGUGAUCGUCACGGGAGCGGAGGGAUACACUCAGUUCAUGAACUGACGCUGCGGCAGGGAUUGGGCACGCAGUCCACAGGAUCCGUUCUGACGUCCGCUCCAAUUCGGACGCCAUGCCUGUUUGUUACCGUUUCUGUUUUUAUUUUUGCGUUUAAUCACACAAUCAUUUCUCCAUGCAGGCGUUUCCUUUGUCAUGUUACCAAUGUGAUUCUGUUUGGAUUGAAAAAGGGAGCUGCUGCCACACACACACACACACACGCACGCACACACCCACACACACACACACACCCAAACACAUCUCUGUAUAUAAACCAAAAUGUUCCCCUAUCCAGGACUGUUCAAAGCCUUUCUAUAUUGCCAAAAGGAGAUCUUGUAGUUACUGUUGAAUAUUUUGUAUUAUUUGUUUGUUUUUUUACUUAGAGAAAAAAAUUGCCAAAUGACAUGUUGCCAAUGUUAUUGAGUAUUCUGUUGUAACUUUGAGUGUAGAGAGAGAAGAUUUGAAGAAUUCCCUUCACUUUAAUGUGUUUCAGCUGCUGAAACCUUUUUUCCUAUUAACGGUCAGCAGCAGCAGAGAUGAUCUCAGAUCCCAGAUCCACAUCUUCACCAGGCUUACCAAAGGAACGGACUGUCCACAGGCAUUCCUGAAGAGUCCACUCAUUAGGACAGAGUUAUGGGCUGUAAUGGUUUGAUCUACACAACAAAACUUCAAUGGUUUCUUUGCUUCAAAGCUGUCAGAAGAAGCUGGUUUACACUGAAAGCACUGAAUUACCACGCAGCUACCCUGGGUUAGCAUCAAGACUGUAAAUAAAGAGAGAAACUAUAAAAUAAUCAGAGGGAUUUCUGGUCAGGCAUUUUGAUUCCAGUGCCUAUCACUGUUUUCCAGAGUUCCCAGGUUGGGUGAGGUUCCGUUAAGACAUUAUUGUCCAGCCCAAAACAUUUGGUCAUUUUAUUUAUUUAUUAUUGGGUUGCACAAUAUAUCAGCACCAAUAUCGGUUUCAAUCGGUACCAGUAAUUUUUGACCUAUCGGUAUUGGUGCAAUAAACGGGCUGAUAUUAACAACCAAUAUUUAUUACCAACUUUUUUCUGUUUGUUUCUGGAGGGGAGGGGCCAACGUUGGUCAGGAGACAUUUUUAUGGUCAUGUGACAGAGAUGCAGGGGGAAGCAGUGGUGAAGUCAGCGAUGUGGUCUUGUUUUCCAAUAUUUACCUAGAUAUAUUUAACUCUCAGUCAUAACAGGAGUAUUAAUAUUGGUCCAGAUUUGCAUAUUGGUGGCUUCCUAAUUUAUUGCUCAUUCUUUAUCCAUGUGUGAUUGAAUUAAAAAUGGUUUUCUGUCACAAACAUGUUGCUAAGCCACCUUUCACUGUUAAGCUCUCCAUAGUCUUGCUUGCUUUAGCAUAAGGACUGUUGAUAUUCUAACACAUUUUUUGUCCAUUUUAGGAUUAUUUUCUUAAGUCAGGGGUGUCAAAAGAACAGCCAUUUUGUAUAUAUAUAAAUAUAUAUAUAUGUGUGUGUGUGUGUGUGUGAAACCAUCACUUCUCUGACAGCUUUGAAGCAGCACUUUUCUCAUCGGGUGGCGUGUUUUAGGCUCGUUUCAUUGGGAACUCUGUAUGUAUUCAAUCAGAAGCCAUUCUAAUGAGAGAACACCCAACACUCUGAGACUGACUGCCAAAUCAAAAUGACUGUCUAAUGGUUUCACCAAAGCUGCCAAGAUGCCCUGAACUGAUCGAUCUCUGGAGCGGUCCGGUUCUGACACGGAACUUGAUGACGUGACGACUCUGCUGGGAAGCAGCCGUCACCACGACCAGCCUAAAGCAGCAAGCACACACAUUCAACUGUUUGGAUGAUGCAAUUCAGACCUGUGCCUUCACCACAUGUUCCUGAGUCCUGCACAGCCUCACUGUGGAGCCCACAUCACACGGACGCUUUGAAAUCAGUGUUUCUUUAAACUCUCCAACAGCAUCGUGCACAGGCUUGCAUGGUUGCCUCUUCACCUUGGAGAUGGUUCUCAUGAUCCAGGGGGUCCCAACAUGAUGGGCUCAUCGGGUCAGUUGAAGAACAUUUCACCUAGGAGCAAUGCUACAGAUCCUUUAGAAAGGAUUGUUAAAAUCUGAGAAAACAAGCCAAGUGAACUGCUACAUGCACUCCUUUUACAUUUAAAUUGGACAAUGUGGAACAUGUGGCUCACAAGAUGGCUGCUAGUGUGUAAACCUGUCUGUAAACCAAGAAUUAUUUCAUGGGGAUCUCCCUUCCAAAUGCCUGUCACCAAAAGGAUUGCCUUGGAUACAGCUUUGGCUCUAGCAUUUUAUUCUGAAAGGUAUCCCUGCACUUUGUGAAUGGUCGGACAGGAAGCACUUCUUCAGGGGUAGAUUUAACCUUCCAGUGGUCUUUUAGCGCGACGCUCAGGAGGAGCGCGGCAGAUUUCAACAGCGGGAAAGACCGUCGGUUCCCGAAAUCAUUCACCAACCAAAAUGAACCUGGUAAAAGCGCACGCUGGGCCAGAGCAACCUCACCAGACUACGCACAGAGUAGAAAGCUUGUGGAGUCCGAUUGACCCCGUUUCUUAGCCUGCAGGAGAGUAAAACUAGUUUCCAUGCUGGUAGCAUGCUGCUUUGUUCUGUCCUUUUCCAUUUCAUAUAAGGCCAAUAUUUGCAAAUGACUAAAAUAUUAAAUGACUAUAAAAUAUUAGCAGGCAGAGGUCAACACCAUGUCAGCUGAAUGAUUACAGACGAAGGUAAUCUGGGUUGAUCAGUGAGCAAAACGUUCUGACUGGCAUCAGACUGUAGAAAAAGUAGUUCCGAUGUGAUGAUCUGUAUCGAGUAAUCUUUUGUGAUUAUUGGAAGUCUGUGAAUCAAUAGAUGAGCCACCACAAACCUCUCCACUACCAGAUCUAUAGAAGACAGGUAUGGACAAUAUGAUCCUAGAUAGAAAAUACAUGAGAAACAUUUCUUGUACUUUUGUUCAGCUAUUAGCACACCCCCUGGUUUGCAGAAAAACUGUCAUUUGUUCAUUAGUUAGUAGGGGUGGGCAUUAUCACAUUAUUAUGAGAAAUGAAAUGAUUCUUGAUUCGUUGUUACAAUGGAUUCCAAUCAAUAUUUUUUAACAAAAAACAAACUCCAUUUUGUCGUUUUAGGACUUUUUCCACUGUGUUCAAUGAGAGUAUCAUUACAUAUCAAUACGUUUGAAAAUAUGAUUAAAUGUAGCUACUGUGUACAAAUCACACUUCUUUAUGUGAUAUUUAUUGUGAUUGUCCCUUUCAUUGUUACCACAACACCAGAAAAUAUUGUGAUAAAACUUUUAAGUCCAUAUUGCCCACCCCUAGCAGGUACUUAGCAUUUCUUCCCGGCUGUAACCGUCUGGUGGACGUACAGAUUGAAUUGGCUACUGCUGUACUUUCGUGUGGCCUUUUUUCGUUCACAGUGUGUUUUAUAAUUCUGCCUUAAUAGUCCAACAGAAACCUGAAAUAGUGUUUCAGAAAGCUGCCUCAACACUGGAGCUCCUCUUAACACCCCACUGUGACCGGACCGGAGGCCUUUAGCACGCAGCGUUAGCCGUUACCUUGGAGACACUUCAGUCGUCCAGUAGUGAGUGUUAUCCCCAGGAGGUUUCUAAGUGACAUCUGUUGGUCAUGAAUUGCUGUUAUCUACACGUAUCUGAAAGAAAAGUAGUGUUGUAAAGAGAAUGCCUGAGUGAAAAGUUAGUGAUAUUGUAUGAAAAGACAACUUUUCACUUUUUGUCAUUUCAGAACUUUUAUUGCAGCUUGCAUUUGAAAUUGUACAAUAGUCACGUAUGAAUAGCUUUUUUUUGUUUUUUUUGUUUUUUACUGGUACAACACUUGUGCAGGUACGUGUACACAGAAUAAAUCAGCCAUCACCAUUAAGACUGGACCCUGAUGUUCCCCUCGGACACGAUCAGCACUCUGACCAUGCUGUGUUACUGUGUCAUGUGUCACUUUCAUGUAUGAAUAAUGUGGAUUUCUGUCAGAUCUAUUAAUAAAAAACAAAAUGACUAUCAGCAAA